UCGAGAGCGCAGGGUGCGGGCCCCGCCGGCCGCUGCGCGCCCGCUGCCAUGGCUUUCCGCAGGAGGACGAAAAGUUACCCGCUCUUCAGCCAGGAGUUCGUCAUCCACAACCAUGCGGACAUCGGCUUCUGCUUGGUGCUCUGCGUCCUCAUCGGGCUUAUGUUCGAGGUCACCGCCAAGACUGCCUUCCUAUUUAUUUUACCUCAGUAUAACGUUAGUGUGCCUACAGCAGACAGUGAGACUGUGCACUACCACUAUGGGCCCAAGGACCUGGUCACCAUCUUGUUCUACAUCUUCAUCACCAUCAUCCUGCAUGCUGUGGUUCAGGAGUAUAUUCUAGACAAAAUCAGCAAACGGCUUCACCUCUCCAAGGUCAAACACAGCAAGUUCAACGAAUCUGGGCAGCUGGUCAUCUUUCAUCUCAGCUCGGUGGUAUGGUGCUUCUACGUGGUGGUGACGGAAGGAUAUUUAACAAACCCGAGAAGCCUCUGGGAAGACUACCCGCACGUGUACCUCCCCUUCCAGGUGAAGUUCUUCUACCUGUGUCAGCUGGCUUACUGGCUGCACGCACUUCCGGAGCUGUACUUCCAGAAGGUACGGAAGGAGGAAAUCCCCCGCCAGCUCCAGUACAUUUGUCUGUACCUGGUCCACAUAGCCGGAGCAUACCUCUUAAACCUGAGCCGCCUGGGCCUCAUCUUGCUGCUGCUGCAGUAUUGCACCGAGUUCAUCUUCCACAUGGCUCGACUCUUCUACUUCGCGGACGAGAACAACGAGAAGCUGUUUAAUGCCUGGGCUGCUGUAUUUGGGGUCACCCGCCUCUUCAUCCUCACACUCGCUGUGCUGGCCAUUGGCUUUGGACUUGCUCGCAUGGAAAACCAGGCCUUUGACCCAGAGAAAGGGAACUUCAACACCUUACUUUGCAGGCUGUGCGUGCUGCUGCUGGUGUGCGCCGCCCAGGCCUGGCUCAUGUGGCGGUUCAUCCACUCCCAGCUGCGGCACUGGCGGGAGUACUGGAACGAGCAGAGUGCCAAGCGGAGAGGCCCAGCUGCCCCCAGACUGCCAGCCAGGCUCAUCAAGAGGGAAUCUGGUUACCAUGAAAACGGAGUAGUGAAGGCAGAGAAUGGCACCUCCCCACGGACUAAGAAACUCAAGUCUCCUUGAGGCCAAAGUGCUGGAACAGGGAUCCUCUCAUGGGGGCCCAGCAGGGAGGUGGGGAGUCCUGCCCCCACCACUGCCUUCCCCCUUCUGCUUUUGAUGCUGCCUCCCCAGCAGCGGGAACCUGUCUCCAAACGGGGCUUUUCCUCUUUUUUAUUUCUUGGCUUUCUCUUCUUACUCUUCCAUAAACCAUUCUCAAUAAAACCAAAACUCUUCUUCUUUCUCUCCCUCAAGCCACCUCAUGUCCUCACCUCUGUGCUGUGUUGGGUUUUCUAGAAGCCCAGGCUCUCACGGUUCUCUCUUGGCUUGCCUCCUCUUUCUCUUCCUUCAUGGCUGCUUUCUUUGACUUUUCACCAUAUUGUGCAAUUUUUCUGUGUCUGAUUUUUACAACGAGAGGGAGCUCAAAUUGCAGUUGCGGCCAUCCGACACCCAGCAUCAGUGUCCAGGACCUGUCAGAGUCAGAAGCCUGGUGCCCAGGAGUCUCCGCCCAGAGCUACUAACAGGCCCGGGGUUGGGGGGGGGCGUAUUCGGACAAGGAGAGGAGAGACCAGCCUUCUUGGAUCAUCAUCUCCAGGUGCUGAUUAACUGAGAUGUAUGAUUCCAGUUCUGCAUGUACCACCUGGAGGCCCGGCCGCACCCCUGCUACUUGGAAAUGCAAAGGCAUUUGGCUGUGGACAUGGCGACCCGGCCCAGAAAGGUGGUGGUAACUGUGUGGCCGGUCCUGGACACAGGCCAGCCGGCCCUCGCUCUGCCAGGGAGGUGCUGAAGGAGGACAAGUCUCCCCACGCGCUGGAGCAAGAACAAAGCGCUUCUGGAAGGGUAAAGGUGGCAGAGAUGCUGGCGUGCUCAUCCUUGGCCUGCCUUCGGCUGCAGCCCCAGCUGCUUCUUCAACUGUUCACCAGCAUUCAAAACCCAGCCCAACCCGGUUACCAGAGUGGCCUGGCAGAUGCCAGUCCCGAAGCCCAGAGCCAGGCGGCCAGGGGAAGGGCUGACCUCGCUGCCUGACUUCGUCUCUCCCACUGCAGGAACACCAAGCCCCGCAUUGGCCCCUGGUGCCACGAGGAGGCUUGCCUAGCCGGUUACCCUCUGGCUCAUCUGUGGAGUGUCUGUGGGCUGGUCACUGUCAUCCUGUGAUGUUUGAGCGCACCUGCAACAUUUUAGACUGUAUGAAAGUGGGACUGACUCUGAAUGAUCUGCAGGGUAGAUGAGCAGACAUCUGUGCCAAUGGGAGGCACUUUUCUCCCUCCCUUCUUCCUUCCCUCUGCUCCACCUAAAGACAAGGCCUCCAAGUCCAUAUAGGGCCUGGGGAGGACUUCCAGAAGGGGUUAGGCCUAGUCCUGGUUAAGAACUCUUGAAUUCUGUGCUGAGGUGCAGGGAGGAGGUUUUGAUGGGCAUAGAAAUGUGUCGUUUGAGGUGCCGGUCCUCUUUCUGACCUCACAGUGGAAGCCUGACCUUGGGUUACUACCCUGAAGGGGCGGGGGGCUCUCCAUCAGGGCAGCUCCCCUUCUCCAUGGGAAGAAGAUACAUUUAAUUUUCCAGUGACUAGGGAAUUUGUACCCGAACAUGGCUGUAGAGCCUCCUCUCUCUGUCCAGACUAAGGCUGUAGAAAUGGGAAGAAUUGCCCUUGGCCUCUGAUCACCCUUAGGAAGCGGGACAGCCUUUUUGGAGAUCUGUAUCUCUCCCAUUCUUCUCUGACACUUCUCUGGACUGCAGAGCAGAACAGUGCUAGGAGGGUGGCUCGGUAUCACCCCAGCAAACCUGAGCCAGGACCCCUCAGUCAUUUGGCCAAAUACCCCUGCCCCAGCUGCGGUUUUGUUCACAAUCCCCACCUUUCCUGGUGAGGGAAGGGCGUCCACCCAGCAGCUCCAAAGCUGUCCCAUGAGGCUCCCCGCCCAUCCUGGUUCUCUCCUGGCCAUGUCCCGGGCCACAUGCUGCUCCCUGCAAGGGGCCGCUUCCUCAGGUGUGCCCUGGUGAAAACUCAGCAGCUUCGCUGUGUGCCGCCAGCUCGGAGUGGGCAAGCAGCUCGAGGCCUGCCGUCAGCCUCCCUUCUCACGGCUGUAGGUCUGAGUGUCUGUUGCCGCAGGCUGCAUGGCUCAGUGUUCCCUGAGUGCCCUGCAAGCUUCUGGCGCUGGGGUGGGUGUGAUUCAGAGGUGGUACUGCCAGCCCAGGGGGGGGGGCAACGUAGGCUCUGUUGCUUGAAGGAUAGGGUGUGUGCAGGGAUGAAGGUUAAUAGAAGGAUUGUUUUUUCUGCCGUGUCAACACCCAAAACCAUGAGUAAGGCUAGCGUGUCCCCAGCCAGGCCUCAGGAACGAUUGCGGGGUGGGGAGGAGAAUAAUUGUAGGGAUCUCUGUCACCCCCCUGGCAUCCCAGCCAUGUUUAUCUCCACGCGGAGCCCCGGCUUUGGCAGGCUGGCUCAAAGCAGGAUGCCAGGGGCCAAAAUAACCUCACUUCGUCCUGUGAGCUUGUUGUGCUGCCUUGUCCUGAUGUGGCCACUUUGCUGUCGUCUUCAGUCUUAAAUGCUCUCUCCAGUUCCCAAAGUGUCAAGCUGUCUGUGAGGGCCCUGCCUCCCAGCUCCGAGUGUGAGAGCCGGCUCAGCAGGAGCUGGGGACAGAUGCUCAUCUACCUCAGCAGCAGCCACUGCUCUCUAAAUGUCCCUGACUGCCACUGGUGCAGGGCAGGGGAGGGAGGGCGAGCAGGUGGCCAUGGUGGGGCAGAGUGGCUGCGGUGGCGGGGAGGACCUGGGGCUGCUGAGGUCCAGUGGUGGGAGAGUUAUUUUUACCAUCAGGCUCUGAUAGCUGCACUAUUAAUAAGUUACAUGUGUCCUUUUUAAAGGUAGGGGAAGGUUCAAGAGCAAAGGGGGAGCAGGGAGAACCAGGAGGGGAGCUGCUGCUCCCCUUUCUAUUCCGUUCCCACCGUGUGUGUGUGUGUGUCUGGGUUACCAGACCUACAUUGUUGCCCAGAACCUUUCGUGCUUCUGUCCCAAGGCAGCACUUACAUUUCAGAAACCAAACUAGACUUCGUGCUCUGGCCCCCUUUGCAGCCGUGGCUCUUGACUGGAAUCCUCAGACCCUAGAAACCCCUGAAGCCUGGCUUCGGUGUUCUUCUAGCAAAGCCUGCAUCUGGGUUUUCCUUUACGGACCUUCUUCCUCCACACCCUUUCACUUUCUUUCUGAAUGGUGAAGGAGAGAUAAAGGCAGAGCAUAUACCCCUCCCGAGAUUCCACAAGAGAAAAUUCUAUUCCCUGGAUGCCUUUUUAAAUUUGCAGUGGCUUGCCAGGCCCCAUGCAGCUUGGGAACUUCCUUCACAGGUUUCAGCCUUCCUAGUCUGUUUUUCCUCUCCUGCUGAGGACUGUGGAGACCCAAGUGAACAGACUUCGUUCCCGAAUGUCGUUGCCGCUCUCUGUUCUCUGAUGGAGGCAGGACAGCAGAGUGGUCUUUCCUCCUGCUGCCUCCCCUUCCCACGGCCCUGCUCCUCAGAAGGCACUCUGGGCACGACCUGGGAACUGGGUCAUUGUCAGAUCGUGUGAAACUUCAGUGGAACCCCUCUCCGGCCCCGGCUAACCCUCUCGCUUUACUCUGCUCCCCCCGGGGACAGUUUAAUGGCUGCCCCUCAUCCUCUGCGUCCCCUGUGGCCCCCUCUCUCUUGUUCUGGAGGUCUCAGAAAAGCAUUGGGAUGUCUGUGUUCCGUGCUGACCCUGUGCUCGGCGACCCCUGAGUGCGCUUGUCCCAAGCGGACACCCCUUCUCUUUGUAUAAGAAGUGCCUUACUUGCCUUGUGGCCUUCCAGCCUCCGCACGUGCUGUGUGGCCAGGCCUCUGGGGCGGGCUGUCAUGUGCAGUCGAGGACACUGGACCCUGGUACAUUCCAUGUGAAAAGGGCACAGAUUGUGAAAGUUUGGCUUCAUUCGUCUCUGUUCCCUCCCACCCCCCCACCAUGCUGUUGGGGUCUGUGGUAUAUUCUAGGUUUUGUUUCCGGUUUCUCCCUUGUGUCGGCUUUCUAGCCCACAGGGGUGGCUGCAGAAGUCUUGAGGACCCAGCCGCAGGCACCUGCGCCUUCUACCUGUGGAGGGAAGCCCAGGGACCUCCAGGGGCACAAGGCCCCCCACGGCAGACCCUGCCCUGCUAGUCCUACCCGCCCCCCUCACCUCCAAUUAAAAAGAGAAGUAGCCUGGCUAUAACCUCUUCCAGUCUAUUCUGCCUCCCAUUCAUCCCACAGUUGAUCUGAUCAAGGUGUUUACUUUUACUUUCCAGUGGCAAGUGUGUGCUCACAGACCCCAGGCUGACAGGGGGUCUGCUUUGGCUGUUGCAGAGUUUCUUUGCGCUCCUAACUCAGUGUUAGCCAUGUUAGCAGCCGCAGCUGCCUGCCUGCCCUCUCCUUGCUCCUCCGGGUUGUGCAAUAACUCUCCCAGCCGGUGGUCUUUCCACAGGCCCUGCUGUCCCUAAGCGCCCUGCAGCUGGGAAGGGAAGGGACCCGCGGGAGGGUGGUCGUCCUCCACUACAGAAGAAACGUGUGCGCUCCUCUCCCUUUAUUGCUGCCAUCCUCUUCAUCCUGGGUGGGUUUCCCUGGCACGCUCCUAGAGCAUUGUAGCAUCACCUUAGAAGUCCAUAGAUUUUUUUUUUUAAAAAUCUGUUGAAAAGGAAAAAAUAAAAACCAUCCUCAUGAUGGGGCAUUAAAGAAGUCAGCAUCUGGGAAUAAGAUCUCUUGGGACACCGGAGAUGUCCCUGUCACUGUCUAAGAGCUUUCCAGAGCUGCUUGUUCGUGUGCAGAGGAAGGAGGCGGUUCUGAGCAGCAGCCACGCGUGGCCUGGCCACUGACAGGAGCCAGCGGGGACGGUAAGCUCCACAUGUCCUUGGGUGCGGCCUCGAGUGUUCGGUGAAGAGACCCUGCACCUCACUCUUCAGUUCUCUUGUUCAGUAAACACCUGAAGGGCGAGCUGCGGCUGCCGGUGCCGUGAGCAACUCCUAAUGCAAAUGUGGACAAGUUGUCUUCUGGUUUGUCUACUUUAGCCUGUUCAUGUUACGGACCAAAUUUCAACAAGGAACUCAAGGAAAAUUUGUACCUGCCGUAUUUAUGCUUUCAUGUAAAAGGUUUUUUUGGGGGGGCGGGCGGGAGUGGGGAGUCUUUUUACUUUCAGUGAACUUUUUUCAAAAGCCUUUUCCACGGUUUCUGUCUGGUUUUAAAACAAAUUACAGUUUUGUAUGGAUUUUUUUAAUGUACAUUUUGAAACAAAUGAUCAACAAAUAUUUUUGAAAUAACUGAAUAAAAGACAUAGA